GCAAUUGUAAGCUCUCCGUCUACAAACUUCCGACACGGAGAGCCCCCGCAGGCUGCCACAUACAGUAGUCCUUCCGUGGGCGUCCGUGACCCACCUUCAACGGGCAUUCGUAUACAUAGCCCGGUGCUGUCCUAUCUACGAACUCAAGACUCCCAUCACCACCGCGCCUCGAAUGUGUUAGAACCUUAUGCCUGAUUUGCUACCGUGAAGGCCGUGCGCACGAAUACAGGAACGAUGGGUUCGUAUGCACGGGCAUCCCCACAUCGUCACGCUGGUGACAAAGUAUCGAGAAGCUGCUCCAUCAGCUGGACCGCUCAUGUCACUCCGCUGUACGUCCGGUAAUCAAGCUGAGCACAGCAAAGGAUGGUGGCCGCGUUCAGCGAUCCGUAUCCCGGCGUUGCUUUACGACAUGAACGGGACCAACACCGAGCACCUCCGUUGUACACACAUUCGAUGUUUGUGCAGUGCUCCUUUCGGCCCAAGGAGCGAGCGGAUGCAUUGAGUUAAUAGAAGAUAACCUGUCCUGGCG